AUGGAAAAGAGCAGUACAAGGUGGUACAAGAACCGGUGGUGUUGGCAAAAGAUUGUUCGUUCGAUUCUAGAACAGCGUCAAGCCUUACCAAUAUUCAAAUUAAAAGAUGAAUUAAUGAAGGCCGUAAAUGACAAUAAGGUACUAAUCGUUAUCGGAGAAACUGGCAGUGGAAAAACAACACAAAUUACACAAUAUUUAGCUGAAGCAGGCUAUGUGAAUACAGGCCGUAUUGGAUGUACUCAACCACGUCGAGUGGCAGCCAUGUCUGUAGCUAAACGAGUAUCAGAAGAGUUCGGUUGUCGUUUAGGUCAAGAAGUUGGUUAUACGAUUCGUUUUGAAGAUUGUACUGCACCAGAAACAAAAAUCAAGUACAUGACUGAUGGUAUGCUAUUGCGUGAAUGCCUUAUUGAUCCGGACCUACGUCAGUAUUCAGUUAUCAUGUUGGAUGAAGCUCAUGAAAGAACAAUACAUACAGAUGUGUUAUUUGGUCUUUUGAAGAAAGCUAUUCAAAAACGAGAUGAUAUGAAAUUGAUUGUCACCUCUGCAACACUUGAUUCAGUCAAGUUUUCCCAGUACUUUUUUGAAGCUCCUAUAUUCACUAUUCCUGGCCGUACUUAUCCUGUAGAGAUUCUGUAUAGUCUGGAGCCAGAAAAUGAUUAUUUGGAUGCUGCACUAAAUACUGUUAUGCAAAUUCAUUUAACUGAACCUCCAGGAGACGUACUAGUAUUUUUGACUGGUCAGGAAGAAAUCGAUUCUGGUUGUGAACUUCUUUAUGAACGUAUGAAGGCUUUGGGUUCAGAAGUGCCUGAAUUAAUCAUCCUACCAGUUUACGCUGCUUUGCCAUCUGAAAUGCAAUCUAGAAUUUUUGAUCCUGCCCCACCAGGAUCCCGUAAAGUGGUGAUUGCUACAAACAUAGCGGAGACAUCUUUGACAAUUGAUGGGAUUUAUUAUGUCAUCGAUCCUGGAUUUGUCAAACAAAAGGUAUACAGUAGUAAAUCAGGUAUGGAUCAGCUUAUUGUCACUCCGAUUUCACAGGCACAAGCUAAACAACGCGCUGGACGAGCAGGUAGAACAGGUCCCGGUAAAUGUUAUCGUUUAUAUACUGAACGAGCGUACAGAGAUGAAAUGUUGGCUACCAAUGUACCCGAGAUUCAGAGGACGAAUUUAGCGAGUACAGUUUUACAACUGAAAGCUAUGGGUAUAAAUGAUUUACUAUCAUUUGACUUCAUGGAUCCACCUCCUUUACAGACUCUUGUAGCUGCCAUGGAGACUUUACAUGGUUUGUCUGCUCUGGACGAUGAAGGCUUAUUAACGCGUCUUGGAAGAAGAAUGGCUGAAUUUCCUCUUGAACCAAUGCUUUCAAAAAUGUUGAUCAUGUCGGUUCAUUUACAGUGUUCAGAAGAAGUAUUAACUGUUGUCUCAAUGUUAUCUGUUCAAAAUGUAUUCUAUCGCCCUAAGGAAAAAACAGAACUAGCUGAUCAACGUAAAGCGAAAUUCCAUCAACCGGAAGGUGAUCAUCUGACUCUGUUAGCUGUAUACAAUGCUUGGAAGAAUAAUAAAUUUUCUGCUCCAUGGUGUUAUGAUAACUUUUUGCAAGCAAGAACACUGAAACGUGCUCAAGAUGUUCGUAAACAACUACUCGGUAUUAUGGAUAGACAUAAAUUAGAUGUUGUUUCCUGUGGUAAAAAGACUGCUCUAGCUCAGAAGGCUAUCUUAUCUGGAUUCUUCCGUAAUGCUGCAAAGAAAGAUCCACAAGAAGGUUAUCGUACUCUGGUUGAUCAACAAGUUGUCUAUAUUCAUCCAUCAUCUGCUCUGUUCAACAGACAACCAGAUUGGGUUGUAUAUCAUGAACUUGUUAUGACAACUAAAGAGUAUAUGCGUGAGGUCACUACAAUUGAUCCACGUUGGUUGGUUGAAUUUGCACCGAACUUCUUUAAAUUUGGUGAUCCAACUAAAUUAUCACGUACUAAAAAGUCAAUGAGAAUUGAACCAUUGUUUAGUAAAUUUGAAGAGAAAGAUUCAUGGCGUAUUUCACGUGUUCCAAGGAAAUUUCAUGUUAAAGUUACUUUUUAA